UUAACCAUUGCGCCACAAUGGGAAUUCCUAAUAAAACUUUUUUAAAAAAGUCUAUCUUGCUAUUACCUUGGUGUCCUUUGAUGGGCAUUCAUAUGUGACACAAAUAUCUUCAUAUUCCUUGACCAUUCUGAGUAUUUCAUCCAUACAUCUCUUCCCCAGGAUACCUUGUACCAAACUUCCAAUGGUGUUCCUUCCAAGUCUCCGACUAUUCAGCAAAAUCAUUAGUAGCAAUCUAUAAAAUCAGCAUUGAUCCACAUGUCUAGCCAUCUCUCAUCCUAGACAUAGUGGACAAUUAAGUGCAGUGUUUAAAUUUUUCCCCACCAAGAGGAUUUUCAUUUAUGAUUGUUUUUAGGGCCAUGCAGCCUGAGUGGGGCUAUGGUGCUUUGGUUGUCUACUUUCAGGUGGUACCAGCAUAUUAUGCACACCCACCUGUAAACUAGAUUUGGGUUUUUUUAAUCUUAAGUCAACUAUUCACAUUGAAUACUCCAGGCAUGGACUGAAGGAGAGGAGGCAAUGUAGGAGGUACUGGUAUGAAGGAGUCUAAACUACAUUUUCAUGCAUAAUACUCAUGCCAUUCAGAUUUGUCCAAGCAGUCUCUUAUGAACCAUUUCCAGAUGAUAAUAAAUUGCUGCUUCAUACUUAGUCUUAGGAGUCAGGUGACACCUAGUUCUAGGUGAAAUGCUCAGACCAAAUACAUACCUGAGGUCCAUGAUUAAGCAUUUAUUUUCUACCAAUGCCCAGUCCCAAGCAAGAGGGUGUUUCAAAUAAGAGAAUAGUUAUUUGAAGCAAAGCAUAGAGAUUUGCUUCCAAAGCACAGAAAGCUAUACUAUGAUUCCUCUAUUGGUUCCAUAUGGCAUCCCUGUUUACCAUAUGGAUGCUCCGAGUAUCACUGGAUCUUCUAGAUCACUAGGCCCAAAUGGUAGGCCAGAUAUAUUACAGUUUUAACUUUCUGUAGAGUCAGUCUUCUCUUGCAACUGGCAAGAGAAACCGGCAGUCUUAUGGGUGGUUCAGGACCUGGGCUGAAAUAGCACAAAUAAAUAUGGCAUAUGUUGUUUCCAAAAUCCAAAAAGGCCUAUAAAAACAUUGUGUCUCUAAUUUGUGGUAUAGAGUACAAAAUGAAUUAACUUAUUUUUUGCUUUGGAAGGCAUAUCCCAACAUUUUCCAAACCACCAAAAGACCAUAAAUUUAGAUGGAAGUCACCUAAAUUUUUGUGGGUUUAGUCUCCCUUAUGUUCAUAUAGUCUUACUAAGGAAUAUGAAGUAUUUGCUACUUCCUGCUGAUCAGAUCCAAUUGGCAUAAAUGGAUCAUGACCAAAAGUCAUCAGUGUGGUGGAUUAGGAUAAUUCUUUAAGGAAUGUCAAUAUAGUCAAGGUCCAUGCAUACUAUUUUUGUGACACAAAGUAGAAUUGAUAUGGCCCCAAGGCCAAGUAUUCUGUUAGCCUUCCAGGUCAAAUCAAACUAUUUUGAAGGCCCUUUCAAGUUGGUAUGGAGAAAGAGUCAUUAGCAGAUCAAUAACUCUACACCAACUGUUGAAGGCAUGUUCACUUUCUCCAGCAAAGAUUCUACAACUGUCACAGCAGUUGAAAUUAUAGGUACUGCUUAAUUAAAGUCAUGAUUAAUUAAAGUCAUGAUUAUUUGCAGUCAUUCUCCAAGAUCCAUUUGACAUCUGCACAAGUCAAACUGAUUAGUCAAAUGUAUAUUUGAUUGGUAUCACCACUCCAAAUUUUUUCAAGCCUUUGAUUAAGUCAUUAAUCUCUGCUAUUUCUCCCUGAGAUGCAGUACUGCAUCUAGGUCCCACUCAUGGUAGAGAGGAGAAGAUCUAAAGACUUCCACUUGGUCUUUUCUGCCUUAGCCCUCAUCAUCUUAAAUAAAAGAGACAAUGUGGGUGGUGGGAUUCUGCCACCUUACCAAGUAUUCAUAUUCCAAUUAUAUGUUCAGAAGCUGGAAAAAAAAUGACAUUGUAUUGUGGACCAAAUGGGUCAACUAUAAAUCAGCCUUGGGCUAAGAGUCUAUCUAUCAUCUCACCAUUUUCAGCUUUCAAUUCGCUUUGGGUCCUGAGGAAUUUAUAUCAACAUAGGGCCAAUGUCUAGUAAUCACACACAAAAAAAUCUGGUUAUUUUCUUUUUGCCAGUGUACAGUCGCUCCAAUAAAUGGUCCCUCUAAGGAAGUCUAAGGAGAAGAUUUAAAGUAUGUACUUAGAGCAGUGGUACAGGAAACAGGGAACUUUCAGUCAAGAGGUUCUGUGCGCCAAAGAUAUCUGAGAGCAGUCUGAUUACAGGUACAACCCUGCUGCCCACCUUGUGUUUGGCAGUCAAGUGCUUCCACUUAGGCUCUGUUGAUCUGGAAUCUCAUAUUCCCACUGAAAUCAGGGAUUCUACUUUAAUACUAGCAUAUCUCAUAAUCACACCUCAUUUACAAAGUUAUUUUCUCAAACAGAGAGUAGCAAUGACUUCAGUAUUCCUCUUACUAAUGUAUUUCUCAAUGCUUUCAUAAAAGGAAUAUAUUUCUGGCCUUCUCACUGGAAUACAGUUGGACCUUGGGGUAUCACCCAUGACAAAUUCAGUCCUAAAUGUGUCACUUACAUAUCAUACCAAGGAAGCACUGGCAUUUCAACAUUAUUAAAUGUAGCCCAUUGAGUUCAAUAUUCAGGCAGCAAAGUAAAUGGCUAGAGCUACCCUCAGUUGCAUGAUCUUACCUAUUAAGUCCAGAAUCUCUAGUAACUGUACCCAUAGAAAUGAAAUUGCUAUGUAUAACCUAUUUUUUUAUUUCUUGAUCCAACAUCCUCAGAAGCCAUUCCCACACAUGUUCUUCUGAUGACAUAUGUUAGCAAAGUUUGCAAUUCUUUUGGUGUAUAAUCUGUUUCCUCCUGGGUCACACUGUGGAUUUGUCACUGGGGCUCACCAAGAUUUGACCUGAGGUGAUAGCUAUAGUAGAUUUUGAGGUAACCCUUGAGGUCACCCCAGUGUUUUUAAAUAAAAGAAACUAGUUUCCUCAAAUACUAGGGGGUAAAUGACUCCAUGGCUAGAGGCUCAAUAUGACCUGCGGGGGCAAUGUUGUCAAUGUCAUCUAGGUCCCACCAUAUGUCCCCUUUCCAAGUUUCAGGAUUCUAUGAUUGCAUUCUUUUAUAAUUAAUCCUCUUUCACUUUUUACAUUACAAAGUUGCUAAGACUGUGAAUGUAACUGUCACUGUGUUUCAGCAACCUAAACAGAUAAAUUUUGUUUGAUUUUCAGCAACAUGAUCCCCAUGACUACAAAAUAUAGGAGUUUCUUUUAGAGCUGGCAUGGAGGCACUGUGGUUCUGAUAUUAACUUGAGUAGAGAGUUAAAGGACCUGAGCUGUCAUUUCCACACUCCAAGCAAUUAAGUGCACUCAGAAGAAUCCAUCCACACCAUAGAAAUAAUCAUCAUGACUGCCAUAAUGGUCAAGUGCAGCAGCUACCUGAGCUCCUAAGGCAGUUCCUUCACUUGGCACUUCAUAAUCAAUUAUGAUAAUAGCUUGAUUAAAUAUAGUUGCCUCAUGCUAUCGAUUACUAGCACCCAUAUUCCACUGGCUAAAUGCUCAACACUGAGCUCAAACACAAGAGCAUGACCAAACCGAUCACAAAAGUCAAUCUUUAUGGUCUUAUCUCUUAGGACUACUCUAAGUACGAAUCCUUUAUCAAUCAGGUUCAAUUAAGAGACAGAAAGCACACAGUAAUUUUCAAAGGAAAGGUUUAUUAUAAAGAAUUACUAACUAUAACAGAGGAUUGGCAUAAUGGGGGGACUGACUAGAAAGAAGUAAAGACAAUUCUAAAGAAUAGAGGAAUAGCAUAUACUCCUAGGACUGAGAUAGAGCAGCAAAAGAAACAACAAAUCUGGAAUAGCUUAUUUCCCUCCUCCAUCCCCCAUCAACCUACCAGGGCAAAGAUCCAGACCUCAUUUGAAAGGGAAUAGCAAGGCUCACAGGAUGUCAGAGAAGUUCACCAAGACAGCAAAGCCACCUGAGUGGAUGCCAGAAGAAGCCAUUAACAGGAUGGUGUCAGGCCUGUAGCACUCUACUACAAAAAUGUGCAAGAGUUCUAAGGAGGCCAUUCAUGGGAGUCUGUACUACCAUGUUUCCUUAGCAUAGGAGGCCCUUCCCUGUCAAUUCCCAGGAAAACCAAGGCUGGUUCUAGGUAAGCUGACUCAUUCUGGAAGAAGAAAGGAUACUAAUUCUGCUCCCUACAUUUUUAAAUUGGAAAAACAUGAGGGAUAACCAGUGCUAAAGCCCAACAGAGAGAGGGAGAGAUAGAGAUACAACAAAAUUAAAAUAAACAUAGAAACAUUUCUUCUCUGAAGCAGGAUGCAAUUGCCUGAGCUAAGAGCUAGAGAAACAGUGUUGAGAAAGGAAUAAAACAGCUUCAUGGGAGCGGUAAACUUUUCAAUUGUGUUGACCUGUGUAUAUGUGUCUGUGUGUGCACACAUGUACUCAAAAUCCAAGAGCUGUCAUAGAUAAGACAAACCCCUUACAAACCCUCCUGAUCCCCUCCUUCUUAAUUUGUAGAGUAAUUUGUGGCCAGGAGCUUUCUCCUCAGCCCUGUCAGUAACCACUCUUUCCCAGGACUAGUGGCUCCUUUGGCUGUGGCUAAUGCUGCCUCUCCCGUGGGCAGUGAACACUUCCUGACUCUCUGGAGCCUCUUCUUACCAUUCCUCCCCAGGGCCCACCUGGCACAAGAUCCCAGGGAUUUGAUAAAAGAGGAAAUACAAGUCACACAAAUUAGCUAUGAGCUCUCCUCAGGGCUGAGGCUACAAAAGGAGAAAAAAGAAAAAACCUAAGUCUUAAGAGAGCCAGCUCCAAAAGACGCACACCAGAACACUUUGCCCCUUAACCACUGUCUGUCUCUGUCUUUGGUUAUAUUUUGUUUGCUGGGAAACAAAAUCCACUUUUCCUGGGACCUGUCUAGAAGCCUCUCACCUUCAGUUGCUGAAGCCAAGUCUACUUCCAGCAAUGGUGCCUAGUGGCAGGCAGCCUGGCUGGAAAUCCAGAGGAUGUAUCAAAACUCUGAGCAGCCCUGCUCAGUAAGGCUGGUGAGAGACUUAGGGGCACACAAUUAUAUGUAACUAGUGAGAUAUGUACAGACAUCUGGUCAAGCCCUUCAGUUUCCACAGGGGGAAACUAGACCCGGAUUAGCAAAUUGUCUUCCUCAGAGUCAAAACACUGCUACCUCCAUUCAGGUAAUGGCUGAGCUGGAAGAUUGAGCCUUCUGCCCUUUGUCCACUUGGAACCUUCCUUUUGUUCCUUUAUGUAUCCAGUUCUGGACCACUCCAAAAAAGUUAGGCUUUUAUUUGAAAUGGGAAGGUGUUACUGUUUGCUUUGUCAGAUGAAGAGUAGGAAGGAGAUUUCCUGGAGAAUAGCAAGAGAGACUUCUUUUUUUUUUGGCCAUGCAUGCAACAUGUGGAAGUUCCCAGGCCAGGAAUCUAACCAGUACCACAGCAGCAACCUAAGCCACUGCAGUGACAAUGCAGGAUACUUAACUUGCUGAGCCACAAGGACAUUUUUAUUUCUUCUGGCCAUGGAACCCCCAGUUUGCGGAGUUUAGAAAGUAUAUGGUAAUGGAACCCUUUGCUUUGAUGAAAUCCUAUCUCCAAAAUCAAAUAUGAUUAAAUAGACAGAAAAAGUGAGGCAAUCGAGAUGGAUGUGGGAACACAAAACACCCUUGAACUGUUCACCCUCUUGAUACUUCGGGUAGACCCUAAAUAACUACCACAGAAUAUAUAUGGUUCUAUUCAACACACUUUGAAAACACUACCUUGUAGUGUUCUGGGAUCCUAGGUCUAGAAUAUUUCACAGCGGCAUCAGGUUCAAUCCCAUGUACCCAGGUAAAAUCACAUUACUGAGAUGCCCAACAAUAAUGGGGAAGAGAUCACAAAACGAUUUGCUCUUUUGAGUCCAGCUUCCUUUGCCCUGGGGCUUCUCUCUCUCUCCAUUCCAGUUUUUCCUUUGCCUUUUCUCUCGAGAAAACAAAGCUAAGUUGAGAGUUUCUUGAGAGCCUCCAAGUCUUCUCUUUAUUAAAAAAAAAAAAGUAAUCGAAGGGAAAAUAAUUUUAUAACUUUAGAGAAAUUAUUUAAAAGAAAAAAAUGCCCAUAGGUCUACUAACCAAUAGAGAAACCACUUCUAGUUUUCAGUAUUGUUGUCAAUCUUUGUUCAUACACACAUAAAAUUGAUUUUUGUGCAGUGUAUCAUGGGCUAUAUAAUUUGCAAAAGUAUUUUUUUUCAUUUACUCAUUUCAUAAAUGAACAAGGUAAGGCUUAAAAAAACUGAGUAACAUUUCCCAGAUAACACCAUGAGAAUAUUUGAAACAAGUCUCAACUAAGCUUGUUACUCCAAAACUAGUACUCUUUCCACUGUAAUAGCAGCUGUAACAUAACUAUACAGACCACUGGCUAAAUAUCAGAGCCAAGGAAUCUUGGAUAUAUUUUAGGUGAACUCUCUACUAGAAAAGUUACUUAUGACCCCAAAUCCACACAAAACUCAUCUGAAAUAAUCAGUUCAAAAACAGUAAGGGUGAGGUGCUAGGAUACAUAACAGUCAAGUUGGAACAUCUGGUCUAAUUGCAACCUUGGCUUCACUUUGCUGAGACCUUAGGCAAUGCAUUCUCCUCAUUUUUAAAUGAAGGGGUUAAGGUCCAUUAUGGCACUAUUCUGGCAUACUGUGAGUCUAUGUUCUUACAAUUCUAAGAAGGAAUCACUUUCCCAUGGACCUACCAGCGCUUAACCAUACAGGGUUUUCCAGGCUUUACUAUGAGGCUGUUCCUCUAGUUUUGUCCAGAACCUACAUGUUUUCCUGUGUGUGAUAUGUUAUUAUUAUUGAAUGCAUGUGAUUUAUGAUGAUGAUGAUGAUGAUGAUGAUGAUGAUGAGUGAUAGAGUAGGGUGAAGGAGUAAAGAUCAUAAGACAGUGCUAGUAUUUAGAAAAGGAGAGCAAGUGAGGAGACUGUAUCUGAGAAGAUAAUUCCUUAUCCCGAGUUUCCCAUUUUGGUCUAUAGGUAAGAUGGCAUACUGUCUUUGAGUAGAAAACUCCUGUUCACUGAUAACCAUUCAGAUUAAUGUCUCACCAAGCAGAGGAUCAUUCAUUUCUUUUGAGGGACAGAAUCACUAAGCAACCAUGAAAAAUGUCAGUAUUAUUACAGAGUUUGUCUUUCUGGGAUUGUCCAGUGACCCCCAUAUCCAGACUAUGCUCUUUGUGCUAUUCCUGUGGAUUUACCUCCUGACUUUGAUGGGAAACCUGAUGAUGAUCCUGAUCAUAAAGGCUGAUUUGCAGCUCCACACACCCAUGUAUUUCUUCCUAGGACACCUAUCCUUUCUGGAUCUGAGUUUCUCCUCAGUCACUGUGCCAAAGAUGAUAGAGAACUUCUUGUCUCAGAAGAAAAGCAUCUCAGUGUGGGGAUGCCUCACUCAGAGUUUCUUUUUCACUCUCUCUGGAGGAACAGAAGCCUGUCUUCUCUCUGCCAUGGCCUAUGACCGCUACGCUGCUAUCUGCCACCCUCUGGUCUACACCAUAAUCAUAAACAGACCUCUCUGCAUUGUGACUGUGAGCAUAGCCUGGGCAGUGGGAUUUCUGAUUUCCUUAAUGAACAGUCUCUUCAUCCACAAGUUACAUUUCUGUGGAUCCAACAUCAUCCCCCACUUCAGCUGUGAGCUACCUCCACUCUUCCCUCUGUCCUGUACUGAUCCCACUGUCAAUGAGAUUCUUUUAGCUGUGUCAUGUGCAUUUCUAGGGGUGCUGACACUUCCCCUGAUCCUGUUCUCUUACUCCAAAAUCAUUUCUGUCAUUCUGAACAUCCACUCCUCUGAUGGCCAAGGCAAAGCCUUCUCCACCUGCUCCUCUCACCUCACAGUGGUGCUCCUGUUCUAUGGGACAGCUCUAUUCAGGUACAUUGGUCCUGCCUCAGGCUCAGUGUGGGAGCAAGUGGUCUCCAUUCAGUACGGUGUGAUCACAUCUUUGCUGAACCCCCUCAUCUACAGCCUCAAGAACCAGGAGGUAAAGGCAGCUCUGCAAAGGAUGCUGAGGCAACAAGUGUGCCACAGAGUAAGAAAAAGCUGUGUGAUUCUGCUCAGGAAAUAGAAAAUUUGUCUCUAAAGGAGAAAUAUUUUUAGAAGUAGAAGGCAUUUGGGGAAAUUGGACCUCAAUUAAAUCCAAGUAUUUGUUUGGAUUUUGAAGUAAAUAACCUGCAGAGAGAAACAGACAGGCAGGCAGACUAGGGGAAAAGAGUUUGAUGUACAGCCUCCUAUCCAGCAGCCCUUUCCAAAAUAAUCUGAAAGAGGACCCUUGGCUCCACUUGAGAAGAUCAUGGGGCUGACAAAGAUGAAGUAUGAUGAAACAGAACAGGAUCUCUGGCCAGAAUGCUGACUUUUUCUGGGCUUUUUCACAAAGGUACACAAUAAAUACAGGAGCCUAUAGUAAAGAAACCAGAUAUAAAUAAUAAUCCAGAAUGGAGUUGCAGUACCUGGUGGUAUCAUUGGCAUCAAACAGCUAGUGUACUUGCAUAGGCUUCGGGGAUGGUUAGUUAAUUUUAUGUGUCAACUUGACCAGAUUAAGGAAUGCCCAGAUAGCUUGCAAAACAUUGUUUCUGAGUAUGUCUAUGAUGGUGUUUCCAAAAAAAGAUUAGCUUUUGAAUCAGUGGACUGAGUAAAGAAGAUCACCCUUACCAGGGUAGGUGGGUAUCAUUUAACUGUUGAGGGCUCAGAGAGAGCAAACAGGGUGAAUCUGCUUUCCCUGCACUCAGACAUUGGUGCUCCUUCAGACUCAGAGUGGAUUGUCUAUCACUGGCUCUCUUGGUUUUAAAAUCUUUGGGUUUAGACUGGAAAUAUACUGCUAGCUUUCCUAGGCUUCUACCUUGCAGACAGCAGAUCAUGGGAUUUCUCAGCCUCCAUAAUUGUGGGAGCCAAUCUCCCACAAUAAAUCUCGAUUUAUCUAUAUGUAUAUAUAGUCUACUGAUUCUGUUUUUUCUCAAGAACUGUGACCAAUAUGGCAAGGGAAAGUGAAAAAAAUUAAAUGAUUGUCAUAUUGGAUAUCAGUAUAUCAUGCCCAGUUAUUUUUCCUAAGUUCUCCUACAGCUUAAAAAAUAUAACAUGUGCAUUUGAUCCAGAUACAUAUUGUUUACUAGUAUAUGGAGUGAGGGGUAAGCAUGAAUGAUUAUAGAAAUAAAAUUAAAAGACCAAUAAGGUACCUCUUUGCAUUUAUUUAAUAAACAUAAAUAUAUAAUUGCUGCCUACUGAGAAACAUUAAAGAAAACCUAAAUAAAUGGAGAAUAAUACACUCUUAUGAUCAUAGACUAUUGUAAAAAUGUCAAUUGUUCCCAUAUUAAUUUAUAUAUUUAGUAAAAUUUCAAUCAAAAUUCCAGAAUAAUUUUUAUGAAUUUGAAAAGUUGAUUCUAAACUUUAUUCAGAAGUAAAUAGUCCAAUAAAUGCCAAGCUACUCUUGAAAUUAGGAAAAUAUCAAGAUUUAUUAUAUUGGAGUUCCCUUCGUGGCGCAGCAGAAACAAAUCUGACUAGGAACCAUGAGGUUGCGGGUUCGAUCCCUGGCCUCGCUCAGUGGGUUAAGGAACCAGCGCUGCUGUCAGCUGUAGGUCGCAGAUGUGGCUUGGAUCUGGCGUUGCUGCAGCUGUGGCAUAGGCUGGCAGCAACAGUUCCGAUUAGACUCCUAGCCUGGGAACCUCCAUGUACCAGGGG